ACGUGAGGCCUGAAGGAGUAUGCCUUUAUUACCUUCCGCUGCGGUCUAGCCAUCCAGCGGUAGUUCAAUCAUCCUUUGGGACCGUGCCUGCAUCUGCCGCACCAUAACCCCAUCUUUUGAGGUCCCGAGGCUUCUGUUCUUUGUAAUAUCCUCUCGUUUUUCAGUUUUACAGCCCACCGUCUGUAAUCUGGACCCUAGAAUUCAAGGAAUUUAUUCGACCAUCGGGCCCCAUUGAUUCUUCGCCCAAUCGCAGAUGGGUACUUGGAAUAGGGAUCAGGAGAUAAACGAUGGCACUGGAAUCGCCUGGUACUACUGGUGAAGUGGGGCAUAUGCGACAAUCGAGCAUUUUGGAACGGACGAGCUACUAAACAUUGGACUCGAAUGGUAAAUGUCGAAUGACGCCGUACCCGAUAACAGAAUAGCGCAACAACAUCUCCUUUCCGGGCGUCGCAUGAUCGGGCAUCGGAAGCUCAAAGGGGGUUACUACAAAUUUACGUUGUCAUAUUGACACCAGAAACCAGCAGACACUUUUUCUCAGUAGUCUGAUAGCGUGUACACUUCAGAUCUGACGAAUGUUUGAGAGCUGCAGGGUAGGGCGACAGGCUAUCGUACUUUUAUCUUCAGGUUCUCCAGAUAAGUUGCUCAGUACGUACCUCCCGGUAAGUGCUGAUGUCUGCUUCCAGUCAUUUCUGAUAGAUAUUGACUGGCCUUAUACUGAGUACCAAUAGGAUGAGAGCACUGUGCGUAGUGCGAUAGCCGUGAACUGCACCUGGGCGGUUCCGCCGGAUAAGAGACGAAAGGAGGCAUGGCCUCUGGAUUCGCGACGCGUCGGGUCUGAAACGGAUAUGCUGCUGUAAGAGGUGAGAUUGAUGUAUGAUGUUGGCAGGUCCUUUGGUUUGAUAUAAUUGGGGGUGAGAUGUCUAGGCUUUGACAUGGGGCCGCGGCUAGCGAUGAUCUUCGCUGAUUACUGAUGGGCUAGUGAUGCAGGCAAGACAUUUUUUAAGCCUGAAUCUCGCACGGUUGAACGACUCUUCCAAGUCGCCAACGCUCUACUCUUACUUCUCCUUGGUUAAUUCCUUUCUAUAGUACAGUUCGGCCUAUACUGGCGCUUCAGGCAGCUGCUUUGGAUUCACGACGCGCACACUGCGAAAGCUACAGCUACGCGUGCCCUUCCCAUCCUUCCCACACACCCCUUUCCAGUCCUUCCCCAUUCCUCUCUCAGACUCAUCCCGUGGACAAUAUAAGCCCUCUCCUUCCAGUCAUUAUUAGCUUUGGAACCAAACAAAAGCCCAACUUCGACAACUCAACAAACUAUCUCAUUCUCACUUCAUCCCUGAUUCUUGACUAGAUGUCUUACGGAAAUCCAGCUCAGGAGGAACCAGUCUCAUCUUCAUCCCAGCUUCCUGUACCCGCCACUGGGCAGCAGAUUGCUACUCAAAAACCCAGCAAAGCCAGCAGGAUGCUGCGUGGACCUAUUGGCAGGGACCAAAUCUUGGAGUGGCAAGCCAGCUUAUGCUGCCUUACCCCGCUUGGGACUUGUUUUAGGCCGCAAAGCAGCGGCACCAUUUACUGCUCUAUUCAUACUUGCCAAGCCAUCAACGUCGACCGAGAAAGAUGUGGAAACGCAGUCCACAACCCUCGGCAAAGUCGAUUCUGUUCUAACGGAUGGCACGUAGAAAAUUCCAAAUAUGACAACAUUGUAGAGAUGGUCACAAAGAGGAAACAACUCGACGAGGCCAAUGCGGCGAGGCGCAAGCAAGAGAUGACAGAACAAAUGGCCCUUUUUAAGUCUCAAUUCUCACCUCUUAGCUCUACAGACAAGACCUCUUCAAGUUCAAAUCAAAGUUCUCAAUUAUUCAUGUCAAAUCCGCAGACUCGUAAACAAAAUGGGUUCCAGAUGCGAUGGUGAUCGCUUGUAAAUAAUCUUUUUGGAUAUUCGUUCGUUGUAUAGUAACAAAAAGGGCCAUCAUUGCUAGGUCCCUAUGGUUCGCUUUGUCCUUGCUUUUCGAAGCACAUUAUUAUUAUAAAUUGGCGUCUUUCAUGUGUUUUCACUUUAAAUUCAUACCCAGAGUUGUAUCCUAGUAUUUC